AUGUCAACUGCGGAGAAAGUCUCCUCCUCCGAUGGCGCCCCGGCCGAGACGCCACAGCACCAUCCGGAGCUGGUGACUACGGCAGAUAAUGGCGUUGUCCUUGCGAGCGAAGCUGAUGCCGAACUGCUGGCCAAGAUGGGAUACAAACAAGAGCUGAAACGGAACUUCUCGACACUCGAGGUCUUCGGAAUCGCCUUCUCCAUAAUGGGCCUCCUGCCCUCCAUCGCCAGCACGCUUGCCUUCUCCCUUCCAGCUGGGCCGGCGGGCAUGGUGUGGUCUUGGUUCCUGGCCAGCGGCUGCAUUUUCGUCGUUGGAUUAGCAAUGGCGGACCUGGGCAGUGCAAUGCCUACCAGUGGAGGGCUAUAUUGGUGGACGCAUUAUUUCAGUUCGCCCAAGACGAGAAACUAUCUGUGCUUCUUGGUUGGGUACAGCAACAGUCUGGGCCUAAUCGGUGGAUUAUGUUCCAUCAAUUAUGGAUUCGCCCUCAUGUUUUGCGCAGUCAUCGUCAUCUCCACAGACGGCGAGUGGACCCCAAGCAACGGGAUCGUGUAUGUUGUGUUCAUGAUCUGCACGCUCACACACGGCAUUAUCGCGUCGACCCUGACGAAAAUAAUGAACAAGCUCCAGACCUUUGCGGUCUUUCUAAACAUCGCCCUUAUCCUCUCUACUAUCAUCGCACUGCCGGUUGGUAUGGCGAACAAGCGCAACGAUGGACACUUCAUUUUCGCCACCGUAGAAAAUCUGACCACAUGGCCGACGGGGUGGGCUUUUAUGCUUGCGUGGCUGUCCCCAAUCUGGACCAUCGGAGCCUUCGACAGCUGUGUCCAUAUGAGCGAGGAGGCAAGCAACGCGGCCAAAGCUGUGCCACUUGGUAUCCUCAGCUCGAUUGGCAUGUGUUGGGGCCUUGGUUUCGUGAUUGUGAUCGUGCUCGCUGCGUGUAUCGAUCCGAAUAUUGAGAAUGUUCUGGGAAGCUCUUUUGGGCAGCCCAUGGCCCAGAUUUACUAUGACGCUCUAGGAAAACAAGGGGCCAUGGGCUUCAUUGCUUUUUUGUUCAUCGUGCAAUACCUAAUGGGGUACUCCAUCACCAUCGCCGCUUCACGUCAGAUGUGGGCGUUCUCCCGAGAUGGAGCUCUGCCUUUCUCGUCGUUCUUCCGCCCCAUUUCCAAAACAUUUGGUUACAUUCCACUACGCGCAGUGUGGGGUGCCGUCUUCGCUGCGAUCAUACUGGGCCUUCUUUGCUUGAUUGCCCCAGCCGCCGCAUCCGCCUUGUUCUCUCUUGCUGUGGCUGGUAAUAACCUUGCCUGGGGCAUCCCUAUUUUCGCGCGCGUAGUCUGGGGUAGACAGAAGUUCACGCCAGGCGCGUUCUACACUGGAACCAAGUUCAGUAUUCCAAUAGCGUGGGCUGCUAUCAUAUUCCUAGUGUUUGGAAUUACACUGGCAAUGUUCCCUGUUGGCGGGCCGGACCCCACGCCAGAGACCAUGAAUUACACAGUCGUGGUGAAUAUGGGAGUCUGGGGAGGAGCUUCCAUCUAUUACUUUGUGGCUGCUAGGAAGUGGUUCACCGGCCCCAAGUCGACUGUGGACGAAAUUGAGGGCGUCACGGGGCAUACGUUGGCUGGACCAGAGAGGGAUGGACUCGUGGACGAGACGGAUAAAAGUGCCGAGACGGAGAAGCUGCCUGCUGCCAAGCAGUGA